CUAUCAGACAGCUUCGAGCUACAGGAGGUGACCCGAGACGACCUCACCAUCGCAUCAUUAUGCUGGGGCUUCACGCUAGGAUUUGGAUUCUUGACAACAUGGAAAGCCAUGAAACAAUCAACAGCUGUGUAUAAGCGAUAUGGCCUUGGUAGGCUAAGCAAUGCGUACUUGUGGAUGAUUUGGGCAGAGAUUGCCGUAUGCCUUGCUUUCAGUAUAGCCUGUUGGCUACAUAUAAGAGGCAUCAUUGCUCCUAGUUUCGCGUUCUACUUCAGCAUUCUGACGCUAUGGGCUCUACAAGUUCAAUUCCUACUCCAGAUCAUCAUCAACCGUGUUGGCGUGCUCAUGCUGGAUCGCAAGAAGGCAAGAAACCUCAAGAUUGGUGUUGCUGUUCUUAUCACGCUCAUCAACAUAUCCGUGUAUUGUAUCUGGAUUCCCGCAAGACUUCAAACUAACGAGACAUACAUCAAAAUCAACGACGUAUGGGACAGGUGCGAGAAGGUCAUCUAUCUCAUCGUUGAUGCCGCUCUCAACUAUUUAUUCGUUCGUGUCGUUCGCCGCAAUCUCGUUAAACCAGGUCUGAAGAAGUAUGAGAGCCUGGUGAGAUUCAACCUGUACAUCAUUGGCUUCUCUUUGGCGAUGGACGUUCUCAUUAUCGCAAUGAUGUCUCUGAAGAACUCUUUCGUAUACAUGCAAUUCCACCCUCUCGCAUAUAUCGUGAAGCUCAACAUUGAGAUGACGAUGUCAGAACUCAUCUCCAAGGUUGCACGAGCACAGAAC